GUCACUCAGACCUGGCAACCCUGCCCUUACCUGAAGCACCUGUAGCCCGGUGUCAUCUGAGCUGCUGCAGGCCCACUGUGGAUCAUCCGCCACUCUUCAGAUCAUAUUGAACACCAGUAACACUAGCAGUGACCGACACACCGGCUGGCAUGUCGAGGAACGGGUUAGUGUCCAGUAUCCGGAGGUUAAUAGACGCCGAGGAGCAGCUGAGGAUGAGCAACCCCACCCCGAGUCCGUUUGAACAGCUACAUCAGCAGAUGGAUGAUAUCUUGGGAGAUGGAGGGAUCAUGAAAGAGGUGGUCCAGCCUGGAGAAGGCCCGCCUAUAUCCCAGAAUGCUUCAGUAUUGAUCCAUUAUUCUGGCUUCCUGGAAUAUUCAGACCAACCCUUUGAAACCACCACAAACUUCAAACAUCCGCGGUUGAUGAAAUUAGGGAAAGAUGUGACGCUGGCCGGACUGCAGCUGGGUCUGCUCACCAUGAAGAAAGGAGAGUUCUCUCGUUUCCUCUUCCAACCCCAGUAUGCGUAUGGGGACAUGGGUUGUCCUCCGAUCAUUCCCGCUGCUGCCAAGAUUCUGUACGAGGUUCAGAUCCUGGACUUUUUCGACUCGGGACAACUGGACGAGUUUGUUGCACUGAGUCCGGAGGCGCAGAACGCUGUUCCUUUGCCCAGACUUUUUGAAGUUUGCAUCACACUACGCAGCUUUGGCAACCGCUGCUUCAACCAGAGGCGUUACUAUGUCGCCAAAGAUCGCUAUAAACAGGCCAUGAGGCUGCUGGUGAGCAGGGAAACACAGACUGAUGCAGAAAAGGAGAAGAUCAAUGCAGCUCUGCUUCCUCUCUAUCUGAACCUCUCUGUCACCGAGCUGCAUCUGGAGAGCCCACACAAAGCGCUGAAGUACGGCAACAAAGCCUUGAAGAUCGACUCAGCCAACACAAAGGCUCUUUACCGCUGUGGAAAGGCAUACCUGGAGCUGUGUGAGUACGAGAGCGCCCAGGGUUGCCUCAUAAGUGCUCAGGCAAAGAAGCCCUUUGACGCCGACAUCAACAACCUCCUGAGAAAAGUGGCAACAUGCUAUAAAGAAAACUUGGACAAGCAGAAAGACAUGUACACCAAGAUGUGCAGAGACUUCAAGGGAGAGUCCCAGUGAAGAUGUAGAAGAUGACAAAGAGCUUGAUGGUUCAGCUGCACAUUUUUCUCACCAGUUUAAAUAAUUCUGUUCCAUCUUUUCUGUUUUUCCAUAUGUUAUGGAGCUAAUAAUUUAGAGCUAAAUUUGUAAUUUCGUUUAGAGGAAUUUAGUAUUUACAAUUCAUCAAGUGUUUGCUAAUAAUUUGGCCCAGCAAUGUUUA